CGAGCUUCGCUUCCCCCUCCGGUGUCCGAGGCCCCCCAGGAAGCUGGGGCUGGCGUGGGAGAGCAAGCAGCCAGGCGGCCAGCUCCCGAGCCUGCCAGGAGCUGUUUGUGAGGGAACGCGAGCCGGCCUUGUUGUGUACACAGAGUGGACCUAGCAACCGCCCCUGCCGGGCCGCAGCCGACACUGCUCCCACCUUGCACCAUGGCAGCCGCCUUCCCGGUGGCCGGCUUCAGCUUCAGAAGUCCCAGUUCCUGCAACUGGGCCCGAGCCGUGGCCAGUACUACGGAGGCUCCCUGCCCAACGUGAACCAGAUCGGGAGUGGCACCAUGGACCUGUCCUUCCAGCCCAGCGGAUUUCUGGGGGAGGCCCUGGCAGCGGCUCCUGUCUCUCUGACACCCUUCCAGUCCUCAGGCCUGGACACCAGCCGGACUACCCGACAUCAUGGGCUAGUGGACCGAGUGUAUCGGGAACGUGGCCGGCUUGGCUCCCCGCACCGCCGGCCCCUGUCAGUGGACAAACAUGGACGGCAGGCCGACAGCUGUCCAUACGGCUCCGUGUAUCUGUCACCACCCGCGGACACCAGCUGGAGGAGGACCAAUUCAGACUCCGCCCUUCACCAGAGCACAAUGACGCCCACCCAGUCAGAAUCCUUUACGGGUGGAUCUCAGGAUGCACACCAGAAAAGAGUCUUACUAUUAACAGUCCCAGGAAUGGAGGAGACCACGACCGAAGCAGAUAAAAACCUUCCCAAGCAAGCGUGGGACACCAAGAAGACGGGGUCCAGGCCCAAGUCCUGUGAGGUCCCCGGAAUCAACAUCUUCCCAUCCGCCGACCAGGAAAACACUACAGCCCUGAUCCCCGCCACCCACAACACGGGGGGCUCCCUACCCGACCUGACCAACAUCCACUUCCCCUCCCCCCUCCCGACCCCUCUGGACCCCGAGGAGCCCACCUUCCCUGCGCUGAGCAGCUCCAGCAGCACUGGCAACCUCGCCGCCAACCUGACUCACCUGGGCAUCGGUGGCGCCGGCCAGGGGAUGAGCACGCCGGGCUCCUCUCCACAGCACCGACCUGCUGGUGUCAGCCCGCUGUCCCUGAGCACAGAAGCAAGGAGGCAGCAGGCCCAGCAGGUGUCGCCCACCUUGUCCCCACUGUCACCCAUCACUCAGGCCGUGGCCAUGGACGCCCUGUCUCUGGAGCAGCAGCUGCCCUACGCCUUCUUCACCCAGGCUGGCUCCCAACAGCCGCCCCCGCCGCAGCCCCAGCCCCCACCACCUCCACCGCCGGCGUCCCAACAGCAGCCGCCCCCGCCGCCGCCUCAGGUGCCCGUUGGCCUGCCCCCGGGAGGCCCUCUGAUGCCAAGCGCCAGCCUGACGCGGGGGCCACAGCUGCCCCCGCUCGCGGUCACGGUACCGUCCUCUCUCCCCCAGUCCCCCCCAGAGAACCCGGGCCAGCCAUCGAUGGGGAUUGACAUCACCUCGGCGCCGGCUCUGCAGCAGUACCGCACUAGCGCGGGCUCCCCGGCCAACCAGUCUCCCACCUCGCCUGUCUCCAAUCAAGGCUUCUCCCCCGGGAGCUCCCCACAACACUCGUCCGCCUUGGGCAGCGUGUUUGGGGACUCAUACUAUGAGCAGCAGAUGGCAGCCAGGCAGGCCAAUGCUCUGUCCCGCCAGCUGGAGCAGUUCAACAUGAUGGAGAACGCCAUCAGCUCCAGCAGCCUCUACGGCUCCGGCUCCACACUCAACUACUCGCAGGCGGCCAUGAUGGGCCUCACGAGCAGCCACGGGAGCCUGCAGGACACGCAGCAGCUCGGCUACUCCAGCCACAGCGGCAUCCCCAACAUCAUCCUCACAGUGACAGGAGAGUCCCCUCCUAGCCUCUCUAAAGAACUGACCAGCACUCUGGCCGGGGUCAGCGAUGUCAGCUUCGACGCUGACAACCAGUUCCCCCUGGAUGAACUCAAGAUCGACCCCCUGACCCUCGACGGACUGCACAUGCUCAAUGACCCUGACAUGGUCCUCGCUGACCCGGCCACUGAGGACACCUUCCGGAUGGACCGUCUGUGAGCGGCCAUGCCUGGCAUAGUGCCGCCGGUCCAUGGUCUCCGACGGCGUCCCUCCAAGCCUGGGGGCGGCCACACUCCGUCCCUCGCAAACGGCCGAGCUUGUGAUUCUGAGCUUGCAAUGCCGCCCGGCGCCCCCACCAGCCCGCCCCCGGUUGUUCACCUCCCGCUGAAGCCCGGCGGGGCCCCGAGCCGGGGCCCUCCGUCCGUCCGUCCGCCUGGCGCCAGGCGGGGUCAGAGGCUGUGAGUCCUCACUCCUGCAGACCCUCCCUGCGCUCGUUCCUCUCCUACCCCGGGGCCGGGCGCGAGCCCCCCACAGGAUGCUGAGAGUGGGGUGUCAGGAGGCUUGGGGUGGGUGUCUGGGCUGAGGUGCACUUUCCGACUGUUGAUGAGCUCUCACUGCCUUUCUUCAUCCCGUCCCCGCGACCCGCCAUCCCCAGCCCACGAUCAGGUAGACAGCGGCCCCACCUGCCGAGGCAGAAGGUGCCAGAGGAGGGACAGGCAGAGUGAAAUAAACACUAUUUUGAUGGCCGUC